AUGCCCCUGCAAGCCCCCGGCCCUCGCCUGGCCCGGAGCUCCGCGGGCUGCAGCAGAUUUCCGCUGUCCAGCAGCCUCCUCUUGCCCCGGGCUGCCCAGGGCCUGGCGGCGGAGGCUGGCUUACCUCCCAGCCGCUCUUUCAUGGGCUUUGCUGCCCCCUUCACCAACAAGCGAAAGGCGUACUCAGAGCGUAGGAUUAUGGGGUACUCAAUGCAGGAGAUGUUUGAAGUGGUGUCCAAUGUCCAGGAGUAUCGCGAGUUUGUGCCCUGGUGUAAGAAGUCUUUGGUGGUAUCUAGCCGCAAAGGUCACCUGAAGGCCCAGUUGGAGGUUGGCUUUCCACCUGUCAUGGAACGUUACACCUCUGCUGUUUCCUUGGUCAAACCUCACAUGGUCAAGGCUGUGUGCACUGACGGCAAGCUCUUCAACCACUUGGAGACCACCUGGCGAUUCAGCCCUGGCAUUCCUGCCUACCCCCGAACUUGCACUGUGGACUUUUCGAUUUCCUUUGAAUUUCGGUCUCUGCUGCACUCCCAGCUGGCCACCAUGUUUUUUGAUGAGGUCGUCAAAAAGAACGUUGCUGCCUUCGAGCGCCGGGCAGCUGCCAAGUUUGGUCCAGAAACGGCCAUCCCCCGUGAACUGAUGUUUCAUGAGGUGCACCAGACUUGAGGCGAAGGAUUGCUUCUUAGCCUCUCCUUCCGCGUCUCCCCCUUAUUUAUUUCAGUUGACUCCUGCAUCUGUCUGAGAGAUGUCUGUGUUCGUAUUACUAUCUCCCAGAAAUUGUUGGCUGGAAAUGCUGGGGCAAAGAAAAAGCAGGGGGAGGGCAUGACUCCAGGAAGGGUGGAGCAGCCUUGUGCCUUCUCACAAGCUUCAGGAGGACUGUGAGUGGCCUCUGGGCCCAGCAAGGUUCCUGAAGGUCUGACCAGGGAUAGUAACUUCUAAAGGAUUGGCUCAAUUGAGUACCUCUGACAAGAGAUACUAAUUUGUGCUUGCCUGAGAUGCAUCAGAAGAAACCUGAGAUUUGCCCCCCAGCUUGAGACCCCUAUGACCUCACUGUAAUUAUAUAUCCAUGCUGCCUGGUGCGUGGAGAGCAAAGGCCUCGUGUUUUAACCAGCAGUGCCAACGGGGUGAGGAGAAAACACCGAAGAGUUGUAUUCUUGGGUUGCACUUAUUCUUCCACUUGGCCUAACUUUUUACAAAUGUCAAUAAAUUUUGAUGGUGUGGGUGUGAAUUUGGCUUAAUAC